AUGAAGAAGCCGCUCUUUGAACGCCUGCAAGUAGCUCCUCUUGACCAACGGGUCAGUUCAUUAGAUGCCAGUGACUACUAUUAUCGCACCGCAUUUGUUUUGGGUUGGAGUCCGCCCAAGGAGGAUUGGUCCAGGAGGAUCUACUCCUUGUGGACCGGGAUUACGAUGUGGCUGGGCCUGGUGUAUCUACCGCUUGGACUAACCCUCACCUAUGUGAAGCACUUCGAUAGGUUCACACCGACCGAGUUUCUGACUUCCCUGCAGGUGGACACUAACUGCAUUGGAAAUAUAGUCAAGAGCAUUGCCACCUUUUCCCAGAUGUGGCGAUUUAGGAAGAUGAUCGAACUGAUUGCUCCUCUGGACAAGAGAUGUGUCACCCAAUCGCAGCGACAGAUACUCCAUGAUAUGGUGGCACGGACAAAUCUCAUUGUGUUCAUCUUCGUGUCGACAUACAUAGGUUUUUGUUCAUUGAGCCUCUUGACCGCGGUUUUUGCGGGCAAGGCUCCGUGGCAGUUGUACAAUCCAUUUGUGGACUGGAAGAGUGGCCAUUGGCAACUGUGGGUGGCCUCCAUCCUGGAGUACUUUGUCCUCUGCAUUGCAACGAUGCAGGAAUUGCUAUCCGAUACCUACGCCGUAGUCUUCAUAUCCUUGUUUCGGGGUCAUCUGGCCAUUCUUAAGGAUCGUAUCGAGAAUUUGCGGCAGGAUCCGGAGUUGAGUGAGGAGGAGAACUACAAGCGGUUGGUGGCCUGCAUCCAGGAUCAUCGCACCAUCAUUCAAUGUUCUCAAAUUAUAAGACCCAUCUUAUCGAUCACCAUCUUUGCGCAAUUUAUGCUAGUUGGCAUUGUUCUGGGACUGGCUGCCAUCAGCAUUCUAUUUUUUCCGAAUACCAUCUGGACGAUCAUGUCGAAUGUGGCAUUUAUGCUGGCCAUUUGCAUGGAAUCCUUUCCGUGUUGCAUGCUCUGCGAAUAUCUGAUCGCAGAUUGCAGCAAUCUCAGCAAUGCAGUUUUUCACUCAAAUUGGAUUAAUGCAGAGAGACGGUACAAAUCGGCGGUUAUUUAUUUUUUGCACAGGGUUCAGCAACCCAUUCAGUUUACAGCCGGCUUUAUUUUUCCCAUUUCGGUGCAGAGUAACGUGGCCGUGGCCAAGUUUGCCUUUAGUAUCAUAACAAUUGUCAAUCAAAUGAAUCUGGGCGAGAAGUUCUUCAAUAACGGGCCAAAUGGGGAACUAGACCUUUAA